CCGCCUGGGUGUUUUUUUCCUUGCACGCCCACCUCUCCUGUGCGAGGGCAGCGGUAGGACGCGGCGCGCGCUUGGGGAGGUCUUGGCGUCGGCUUCAGCUGUGGAGAAUGAAUUAAAGCGGCUUCCCCGGGAGCAGCGGCGGCGGCGGGGCGCGUCUCCGGUUACGGUGCGUCUUUCUGAUUGAAUGAAAGGGAUGGCCUUCCCUGUGGAUCUCCUGGAUAAGUACAGUCAUGAAGAUCUGGAGAGUUCUGGAGAGGAUUAUCUAUCUGAACUUAGAUGCGGAGAUCCAGAAAAUCCAGAAUAUCUCUCUCUUGUUGAUAAUAUCAAGGUUCCAAUUUGUUUGUCAACUGUAGGCUUCAUCCCCCUUUAUGGCGGAGAAGAAAGACACAAAGUCCUUGCUUUAUUUGCACCGGAGGAUUCACUUGCAGCUGUUGCCUUGUUUCUGGCUGAUCAAUGGUGGACUAUCGAUGAUAUUUUGAGAACAUCAUCUCCUUCUAGAGAAGGUCUUCUACGGGCGAAAUCAAUUGGGGAGAGAGUGGUUCUUUAUGUGCUGAACAGAAUAAUUUAUCGUAAACAAGAAAUUGAGAAAAAUGAGGUCCCAUUCCUUUGCCAUGGUAGCCAUGAUUAUGCAAAAAUUCUGUGGAAGAAAGGAAUGGCUAUUGGUUUUUAUUCUAUUAAACUGCCAGGGAGCAUUUGUAGUGCCUUUCUUACUCAGAGCUACCAGCUUCCUGUUCUGGACACAAUGUUUGUGAGGAAAAAGCAUCAGAGCAAAGACUUUGGUCUUCUGAUGCUGGAAGAUUUUGUGGAUUCUUUCACAGAAGAUGCCCUUGGUUUGCGUUUCCCUCUGACAUCUUUCAUGCGUACUGCUUGCCAGAAGUACUUUGAAAGGUAUCCAGGGGAUCGUGACCUUCUGUGGGAAGUUGAAGGCAUAGGCCACUGGCACCAGAGAACACCUAUAGCUACUGUUUUGCAGAGAGAAAGUUUAAAACUCAAAGAAGCCCUGCAAAUAGAAGCUAACACUUCCCAGAAUGAGGAACGUUUUCUGCACUCUUCCACGGAUAACAGCCCAUCGCGUGAACAGGCAGUUGACCCCAGUGAAACACACUUAAGUGUUGAUGUCCAUAAAAAUAAAGAUGGCUUUGAUGUAUAUGAAGGUACCUCUGAAGAACUUACUGCUUUACCAAUUCCUACUCGAUCACGAAGCAAUAAUCUGAAACGUCCAAAAUUGGGAAAAAGAAUGCAAGAACCUGGGAUUUCUGAAACUGAAGACGUAAAUACUUCUCAAACAUCGGGAAACAGAUUGGAUCCUAUUGCUCAUGUAUCCGAACAUUCAGAAGAAUUGAUAGACGAGAUGGAAGAAAAAGUAAUGGACAGCGAGCAGGAAAAGUUAGUGGAGAAUUCAAAACAAUCAGCCCAAGAAACACUCCAGCAGUGUAUUCCAUCAGAAAAGCAAGAUGAUAGAGAGGAAACAGAUAUGGAGCCAAUUAAUGGAGAAAUAAUGGAAAAUGCUAUCAAGGUAUCAAUAGUGACUGAAGGAUCAACAACAAAUGAAGUUCUGGAUGGAGAGUCAAAGUUACAAUCAGACAGUUCAGAAGAAACAACUUUAACUUUACUCGUCCCACUAAUCCUUGAUUCUUCAGGAAAAUCCACUGAAGACAGUGAUGACAAUAUUUCAGAUAAGGUUGAGAAUUUAGCAGAUUCUGAGUUGCCUGCAGAAGAGGAGCAGGUUACACAAAGGAAAAGAGGAAAUGCCGAUCCUGUUUCAGGAACAGAAAAAGAAUAUUCUAAUAACGGUCUUUCAAACUCAGUAGCAGGGGACGCUCCAGAAGAUGCCAUUUCUGAAAAUGUGUCUCCCAACACAUCCUCUUCCUUGGAAGAGCAAAGUGAAGAGGGCGGAUCUGAUUCACCAGAAGCCCCCAUUACUCUGGGUCAGGGGGCUCUGAUGAUGGUUGAAUUGGAGGACAUCUCUUACCAACAACAUUCUGAGGUACAAAAGAACCAAAUGGAUGAACAGUCUGAAGAGUCAGCUGAGCCAGUGUCUGAGAGAGCUGCUGACAGCAGUUCAGAAGAAGCAGAAAUUGAGGUGCCCGUAGUAGACAGGCGGACCUUACGAAGAAAGGCUAAAGGAUACAAAGGCCCACCUAAGAAAAAAGGAAAACUAAUUUGAACAGAAUUGUAGUCAACCUGAGUGGGAAUGAUUGCCAUUUUCAUUGUGUUUCUUUCUUCACAGAAAAAGCUGCAAAAUUACAAACCACUUUAGGACACACAUGUAUUUAAAUACUGGAAUCAUUCCCAGUUUUUUAUAGUUACUUUAUGUUACUUAUUUUGUUGUUUAACCACUACAUAAAAGGAAUUGAACUGAUAUGGAAGUAAAUGUCUACUUUUGCUAAACAAUAAUAAAGACACCAGAAGUUAAAGUGGGGACAGUAAAUUAUUUUAGAGAUGUUGAAGGUCCAAACAGAUGCCACCUUAACAAUUGUAUUGUUAAGCUGCCUCAAGUGGUUAUUUGUAAUCCCUUGUGUACAAUAACACAUAAUCUGUGAAGUGUCAGGCAUUUUCUUCAUCCCAUAGUAGUUAAUUGCACACCUUGAUGUUUUUUCAUGCUUAGCAGGGAUAGGUAUAUAUAAUUAUAGUUUCCCGCCCCUCCCCCCCAAAAAAUCCUUUUACUGUUAUUUUGUAGUAAAUUUACAAGCCUGCUUUAAACAGAAAUAUAAAAUACUUGAUAUUAUUUGUGCUUAGUUUAAAAUACCCUUCAAAUUUUCUAUGGAUACUAUAUACCCAUGUUAAAAAAAACCCAAGAUUAUAUGAUCCUAGCUAAACCUGAAUCUUCAAUCUGUGUUGAAGUAUUCUGAUUAUUUUGCGAGUGAAUAAAGCUCCUAAUAUAUACAUAGUAAAGUGAACUCCUUCAGAGUAAUUAUAGAUUAGACCUUCAUAAGAACGUACGGUUAUCAUUUUCUAAGUAUUACCAGUUGGACAGAUUCAGUCUUCGGUUUGAAGCAUAUUCAGUCUUCGGUUUGAGUAUAUGCUAGUAUAAAUAUUCAUUUGCAAAUAUGUGAAAAUGUUCAUUUUAUUCUUUUCAGAAUUGGUCUGUUCUGGUUGUACAAGCUCUCAGGCUUCUCAGUAAUAACUCAGUUGAUUGCUUUUUUAAAAAAUAACUCCUUGGCAUAGAGAUGUAGGUGUUUUUUUUUAAGAGCGUUAUGAAGUUUUGGCUUUGAGGUUUAUGGAGUUGCCAAGUUGUUUGGCUUUUCAGCACGAUACAUGUUUUUCUACCAGUAUACAUUUUGUAUAUUGUGUAUUAGAAUUUGUGCAGAAAUCUUGGUUCUGAUAUAAAAAACCAAGUACUCUAUGAAGUACAUAAAGCAGCUUUUAUCUUGUACUCCCCCCUUUUUUUGGUAAAAUAAGACAUUUUGACCAUUUUAAGAUUAGGUCAGGUUUUUUGCUACUUAGUGCUAAAGUUUUCGAGAUGGACAAGGUUAGAUAAAUUUUUUGAAAGGAACCAUAGGUAUGAAUGUUAGAUGUAUUGACCUAGAUAAACAUGGCAAGGGGCUUGAUAAUUCUCAUUCUGUAAAACAAAAGAAUAUUUUGUGAAGUGGUUAAGUGUGUAUUUCUAUUAUGGCUUCUGGAUUGGUGGUGAUUUACUAUACUAAAUGUCUUUUAAAUCAGUGUUUUCCCCAAAUCAUAAAUUUGAUUUGUACAUUUAAAUAAAAAAUUUAUUCUCCAUCUGUAAAUUAAAUUGGUCUAUAUAACAUCUAAUUGCAAAGUUACUUCUUACAUGAGAGCUGAGCUUAACUAUUCUAGGAUAUUCAGUUAUAAAAUAUUAAGGAAAUGUAAUUUUGACAUUUGUGGUCACCCUAGAUAACUUUUUCAUUGUUUUGUCUAUAAACCAGAAGGAUAUUUUCCCUUGUAUGCACAAGAAAAACAUUCUGCAGAAAGCAACCUAAUAAUUGAAAUUAUUCAAAAAAAUCUCUUGGAGCACAUAUUGUUCAUAAAAAUGUACAAUGCCUGUAGCAAGGGCUCAAAACAUUAAAUUAAAUACUGAUUUGUUAUGAUAGCAAAUAUUUAUAUGUAUCAUGCAACUAAAACUUUUUUCCCCCCUCACUGGAAUUAGGUAACCUUGCUUCAGCAAUGUGCUAUUGGUAUCUUAUCAAUUAUUGUCUUGUAACUUUUUUUUACAUUGCAGCAGUUAUUGAAGUAAAACACUUAAAUUAGGCUGAGAAAUUAGUUAAAAACAAAUUUGUAAAGCCAAGUUAAAAUGUGCAGUUUUGUGCAGCUUCACAAAGGAACAUGUUUUCAAGAGAAUUAUUAUAUUGUUUAGCUUAAAUAAGUGAAAAUGAUUAUUGGAUCUGCAAAGAACAAAAUAGACCAGUUUUUGAUAAAAGUUCAUAGUAGAAGUGAAAAAGAUACUGUACAAAACAAAAUUAAAAAGCAGUAUUAUGUUUUUAGUUUAUAAAUAUUUAAAGAAAGCAUGUGAACUCAACUUUGUUUUUAACAAUAUAGUUUUCUAGGAUCUCAUUUAUUCAGGUUCUUACUGCUUCCAGUGUCAAGGUGUAUUUUACAUUUCAUGCACCUUAUCAUUUUCAAGUAUGAUUUCAUGAACUGUUUUACUGUACCUAUUGCAUGAAGUAUGUAGAAUCUCUUCUACAUAAAUUUAAUAAAAUGUUUACCUUUUAGUUCAAUAGAAAUGUUGUGGUUUAUUUUUGUUUAUUCACAUCACUUAGUCAUGAAAUUGUAACGCAGUGUAAACUAGCAGUAGAACAUUAAUUUUUCAUCAUCAUUACAGCCUAUGCUUUUAAAGAAAUUAUCUGAAGAGUUGUAUUGUUGCAGAAUCCAAUCUGGGUUGGUCACUGGAACCAGAGGAUUUGUCUUCAGAGCUUUUCUUGAAAUGGGUUCCAGCAUGAGCCCGAAAGCUUGGAAGACAAAACCUCCAGUCCUGGUGACCGACCCACAUUGGAUCCUGCAACAUUAACCUGGGACACAUGUAUUUGCCUUCAUUCAUGAGUUGUGUAUUGUUGAUAAAAUGUUUUAAUACAAUUCUGUCUUAAAUUAAUAUGUUGUUUCUCCUUUAUGGUGUGUAUUGUUUCUAAUUGGUUAAACUUACACUUGCAGUUUUCUUAUAGUACUUAUUAGCUUGAAAAAUUCCUUUCUUCCUACUCAGAAUGGGUGAGCAUUUAUCCAGACGCCCAUUGCCCAAUACAACUUGAUGGAACCUAACUAGACAUAGUAGACCAAUAGAACAAGGGAUCAGUGAUGUUUACCUUGUAGCUGGGAAAACCAAUCCCUUAGGUUCAAUAGAAACUUUGCUCCAAGUCUUGAAUGACUGAGAGAUUAUAUGCAGCAAAAGUCUUCCCAUAGUCACUGGGAAUAAUAGAUUUGAAUGCCCCGUUUCUAUAAACCAUCAGAAAUAUGUGGAAAGCAGAAAAGCAGCAGAAAAGCGAAUCCUAGUCUCUUGAUCACAAAAUGAAAUUAAUACAACGUAACAUGUUAUGCAUACUGGACAUAAAAAAGAAUGUUAAGAUUUGUUGCAGAAGCAUUACUGGUAGACAUGCAGUUCAAUAAUUGUUCUACUAAUCUAUAUUAUUAAUAUUCCAGGCUUUUGAUCUUACCUAACCUAUCCAAUCUUGAGUAGGUCAACCCUCCUUGUAUUCUGAAGAUUUGGGGAACUCUGCAAUGGUAAUAGGAUUGACAUUAAUCCCAGAUUACAGAGGAAAGUGUAAGAUUCUAACCACACUUCCUCUCAGAGGGAAUUCUGAUUCUGCAUUGAUAGCAGCAAACAUAGUAACUUCAGCAUUUCAUUAACACUAUAUGCAAAGAAAGAAACAUUUUAAUUAAAACUCUUAGAAAGUGGAAGUAUGCACUAGGCUAAUACAGAAUAUAUUUUAACAUGUCAAAUGAGGUUCAGUCACCCACACAUUCCCAGGUUAAGAAUAUUUUGUAUGUAUCGAUAAUUUUCUAAUAAAACCAAUGACCUGCAAUAUACUAUGAAUAUGCUUUCUCACUACAAAGAUGCUCCUUGAUAUUUGCUAAAUUGGAAUAUUCUUAUAUUUCAACUUGUGUUCCAUGUAUGUGAAAUUUGGUGCAAAAAGUUAGUUUCAGCUAUUACCUGUCCAUACGUACCCUACUUUCUUAAUACUGGAAAAACUGACAGUAAAGAAUGUUACUGUAUGCAAGAAAUAAGGAAUACAGAUACUCUGUUUUCUAAUAUAAGUUCGGGUUUUGUAAGUCUAUUUACGAUGCUAAUCAAGAAAUUUGAUCAAGAAAUAAUAUUUUAUUUUUGGUAAUAUUUGGAGAAAAGCCAGUUCUGCAAUAGUCCUUUGUCUUCAGAGAUGGCUGUUUUGAAACAAAUUCUUUUAUCUGAAGUCUGCAGAGACACAUAUGUGUGUAAAAAGCUUCCAUAUCCAUAGCGGCAAAUGUCACUAUACAAGUAGAACUGCAUUAAUGCACCCAUCAUUUUCUGGAUUAUUGGUUACUUGU